AUGAACAUUGAUAAUAAUAGAAAUAGUAAUAAUAAUAAUAAUAAAAUUACAAAUUUUCAAACAAUUAAUUUAUUAUUAAUUUUAUUUGGUUUACCAGCAUGUGGUAAAACAUAUUUUUCAAAUAAAUUAAUUGAAUUAAUAAUAAAUGAAGACCAAGAUACUUUAAAAGAAUUAAUUAAUAAUAGUAAUAAUAAUAAUAAUAAUAAUAAUAAUAAUAAUAAUAAUAAUAAUAAUAAUAAUAAUAAUAAUAAUAAUAAUAAUAAUAAUAAUAAUAAUAAAAUUAUCAACAUUUAUCACAUUGAAUAUGAUAAAAUAUUUUUAAAUAUAAAUGGUUCAUUAAAUAAUAGUUCAAUAGAAAAUUGGAAACCAACUAGAGUGGAAGUUUAUAACCAAAUUUAUAAUAUUACAAAUAAUUCAAAUCAAAAAAUUAUUUUACUAAAUCAAUUCAAACCAAAAAAAUCUUACCAUUAUAAUAAUAAUAAUAAUAGUAAUAAUAAUAUUAAUGAUGAUGAUAAUAAUAAUGAUAUUUUAAAUUUAUUCAUUUUAGAUGAUAAUAUGUAUUAUAAGAGUAUGAGAUAUAAAUUUUAUCAACUUACAUAUAAUAGUAGUAAUAAUAAUAAUAAGGAACAAGAGGAGGAUAUUAGGUAUUGUCAAAUUUAUUUCCCAAAUGAUUUAAAGAAAUCAAAAGAAUUAAAUAAUAAAAGAUUAAUUAAAAAUAAUGUAGAUGAUGAAGGAAUUGAAAAAAUGAAUGACUUAUUUGAACAACCAAAUUUAGAUAAAAAUAAUUGGGAAAAAGAAAAUACAUUAUUUUUUAAUUUUGAUUUUAAUUUUAAUGAUUCUGAUAAUAAUCAAAUUAAAUUAAUUUUAAAAGAUAUUAAAAAUAAAUUUUAUAAUUUUAAAAAAUUAAAUACUUUACAACAACAACAUUAUGAUAAUGAAGAAUUAUUACAAUUUGACCAAAAGAAAGAAAAUGAUAAAAUUAUCACAAAAAAUAAUAUAAUUCAUCAAUUUGAUUUACAUUGUAGAAAGAUUAUAGGUGAAUUAAUGAAACCCACUAAUAAUAAUAAUAGUAAUUAUCAACAACAAUCACCAUAUUCAAAUCAUUCAAAAUUAUUAAGCCAAUAUAAACAACAAUUUUUAAAAGUUACAUUAACUCAAUUCAUUCACGAAAAUAAUGAAUAUAUUCAAGAUUAUUCUGAUAUUAUACCAUAUAAAGAACAAUUAUUAAACAAUUUUAAAAAUAAUUGUUUAGAUAAAGUAAUAAAAUAA